UGGUUUCCGCACACUGCCACCCCCGCCCCUCGCGUGGACAUUUAUCCUCCGCUGCUCAGGCCCUGCCACCGUCGCCGCAGACCCAGCGCCUGCAGAGAUCGACCAGAGAACCCACCAUGGCACCCUUAGCGCCCCUGGCCUCCUGCAUACUGUUGUUGCUGUGGCUGGCAGCCCCCAGCCGGGCCUGUACCUGUGCCCCCGUCCACCCGCAGACCGCCUUCUGCAGCUCGGACUUCAUCAUCAGGGCCAAGUUCGUGGGGACCGCAGAAGUCAACCAGACCGUCUUAAGCCAGCGUUACGAGAUCAAGAUGACCAAGAUGUUCAAAGGGUUCAGCGCCUUGGAGGAUGCGUCGGACAUCCGGUUCGUCUACACGCCCGCCGAGGAGAGCCUCUGUGGAUACCUCCACAGGUCCCAGAACCGCAGCGAGGAGUUUCUCAUCGCCGGAAAACUGCGAAACGGACAGCUGCACAUCAACACCUGCAGUUUCGUGGUUCCCUGGACCAGCCUGAGUUCCUCUCAGCGCCGGGGCUUCACCAAGUCCUAUGCUGCUGGCUGUGAGGAAUGCACAGUGUUUCCCUGUUCAUCCAUCCCCUGCAAACUGCAGAAUGACACUCACUGCUUGUGGACCGACCAGUUCCUCACAGGCACUGACAAGGGUUUCCAGAGCCGCCACCUGGCCUGCCUGCCAAGAGAGCCAGGGAUAUGCACCUGGCAGUCCCUGCGGUCCCCGAUGGCCUGAAUCUGGCCCCCAGCGGAAGCUGAAGCUGCACAGUGUUCACCCCAUUUCCCACUCCUGUCUUUCUUUAUCCCAAACAAUGAAAUAAAGAAUUAUACCCAGAA